AUGGGCAAAGGCAAAAAUAAAAACCAUGAUGAUAAACCAAGAUCCUCACGUGGAUCAAAUGGCCAUAGUAUAAGACAUAAUCAUAAGAGAAUGGAAAUGAGACAUACUGGUGGUUCUUCCAUUUCUAAAUUUCCCGUUAAACUAGCCAUGUGGGAUUUCGAUCAUUGUGAUCCUAAAAGAUGCAGUGGGAAAAAAUUAGAAAGAUUAGGGCUAAUAAAAUCGUUAAAAGUUGGCCAAAAAUUUCAAGGCAUUGUUGUAUCACCGUCAGGUAAAUCAGUGGUUUGUCCGGCAGAUAAAUCAAUAGUAGAGGAAAAUGGGGCUGCAGUGGUGGAAUGUUCUUGGGCUCGUCUAGAGGAAGUUCCAUUUGAAAGAAUAGGUGGCAAACACGAAAGAUUGUUACCUUAUUUGGUUGCUGCAAACCAAGUCAACUAUGGAAGACCUUGGAGGUUGAAUUGUGUUGAGGCUUUGGCCGCUUGUUUUGCUAUUGUCGGACGAACUGAUUUGGCUGAGCAAUUGUUAUCUAAUUUUUCCUGGGGGUUAGGUUUUUUGGAGUUAAAUAGAGAAUUACUUGAAAUCUAUCAACGUUGUACGGAUUCGGACUCUGUGAAAAAGGCAGAAGAAGAGUGGUUAGCUCUAAUAGAAAGGGAACAUGAAGAGCGUAAAAAUCAAUUAAGAAAUGAAGAUCUCUGGUCAACAGGGAAUGUCAAUAGAAAACCAAACCAUACAGAAGAUCACGAUUUAUUAGAAAAUAGCGACGAUAUAAAUUAUAACACCGCCAACCUUGAAUUUGAUUCAUUAGGCAAUAUUGUUGCCAAUCCAACAAAGGAGUUAAAAUAUGAUCGUUUGGGUAAUAUAAUUGAAUCUGAUACUUUGGAUGAACAGGCUGUGGAACUUCAAGAAGAAGAAGAGGAAGAAAUUCCAACUUUGGUUAAGAGUGUUGAUAAUUUACGUAUAUAA